CACAGUUGCAUAGUGAAUAGGGACACACAGCAACACUGAUGUGUCAUUAUGGUAUGAAAGCUCACAAACUGCAAGUCUUUUGUUGUUUUGAUUUAAUGUCCUUGAAUGUUCAUAUUGCUGUGGUUACACAUGCUGAAGGAAGUAUCCAGGUAUCUGCAGUCUUUGUAUUUUUCUAAUAGUGGAAAACUGAAUUGCAGGAAUCAAGGAGCAUGGAGCCAAGAGUGACUAUCAAUGGGACUUCAACUGUUAAGGACAUACAUCCCUGCUAUGAAUCACAUAAUACAACUAUUGUAUUUACAAGCAACCCCUCCAUAAUAUGUGUUUUAUUAUAUAUUUUCCUCGGUUCAAUGUCUGUUGUGACAGUAUGUGGAAAUCUGCUUGUAGUGAUCUCCAUCAUUUACUUCAAACAGCUCCAUGUCCCUACUAACUACCUCAUACUGUCUCUGGCCAUGACUGACCUGUUUGUAGGUGUUGUAGUCUUUCCUUUUAGCAUGGUGUUCACUGUAACCUCGUGUCGGUUUAAUCCUGCUUUAUUUUGUAAAGUUCGGGGAAGCAUUGAUGUUACACUGAGUACAGCUUCUAUUUUGAAUUUAUGCUGUAUUUCUAUUGACCGAUAUUACGCAGUGUGUCAGCCUCUCACUUAUAGAAGUAAAAUAAAUGAUCGUGUUGUUGGGAUUAUGCUCCUGUUGAGCUGGGGAGUUGCUGCUAUCAUUGGAAUUGGCAUCAUAAUCACAGGUAUUAGUCAAGGAAAAUGUGAAGAAGAUUGCUCAGUUAAGGCUUUAUUGUCAACAACUCUGGCAUGUGUUUUCUCCUUUUAUAUCCCAGUCAUUACAAUGCUUAGUAUCUACCUGAAGAUUUUCCUUGUUGCCCAAAAACAGGCAAACAGCAUUCAGAACACAACCUGUCAGACCACAAAGUCUGGAGCAACUGUCAGUAAGAUGGAGAGAAAGGCCACCAAAACUCUAGCUAUAGUUUUGGGAGUUUUUCUCUUAUGUUGGACUCCUUUCUUUUUUUGUUUGACGUUUCUUUUUGCUAUUAAUGCCAGAGUGUCACUCUCUCUGUUUGAAACACUCAACUGGCUUUCAUUAUCAAACUCAAUGCUGAAUCCAUUUAUUUAUGCUUUUUUCUACAGUUGGUUCAGGUCAGCUUUUAGAAUGAUCAUUUCUGGAAAAAUAUUUCAAGGUGAUUUUACAAACACAAGGCUCCUUUGACUUCUUCUUUUGAAAACUCACCUGAAAUAUAAAUUUGUCAAUAAUAAAGUUUGUCAUUCCAAAUGGAAAGUCACAUAAGCUUUAUCAGCUUUUAACAGUAAAAAAUACACACAUAUAUAUAAUGCCAAAUGUCUGGAAUAAAUGCAGAUACAGAUUUAAAAAUAUGCAUUAAACAUGUGAAGUUGCAAGAUGUCAUUGAAGAAUGUGGCAGCAUAUAUUGAAAAUUUUGAGCAAUAUAAAUCAUCAGGCAGGCAUUUGUAAGAUUGUUUGUGGCACUAUGGCCAGAUUAUGUAAUCAUGUAAACAUUCUUGUCUCACAAUAUGCAGUUGUGGCCUUGGCACAUUUUUUGAUAAGCUCCAAUGUAUUCAAAGCAGACAUUUGUAUGCCUUAUCAUCGUGUCAGAUAGAAGUAUUUUGUUUGCAAUUGUUCAGUUAUUUUUUAUAAUAACCUUCAUAUUAAAUGCAGCCCAACAUAUUUGGUAUGCUUGGACCCUUUGGCACAAUAAUCUAUAUAGCUUUAUGCAGUUUUGUGGUUGUGACUUGACAAAAUAAAGUCAUCACUAGUUUUUGGUACUGUCAAAUGUUUACAUGGGAAGGAUUUGUAAACAUUGCUUUACAUUUUGUAUCCCAUAUUAAAUGAU